ACAUUUUUAACGCGCAUUCAGUAUAUGUGCGCAGUCGACCUGCCUCGCAAACGUCAGCCUACUGCACGGUUCACUGCGCGGCCUGAAACGUUCAGAAUUUAUCCUUAUUUUCUUCAGUUUGCUGUCAAGAAGCAUGGCGCGAUAUUUCCGGGAACAAGACAUCGACGAGUUCCGGGACUGCUUUUAUUUGAACGCGCACUCCGGACAAAUUCGGACGCUCGACGAGCUUACCUUGAUCAUGCGGUCAUUGGGACUAAGUCCAACAAUUACAGAGCUUAAGAAAUAUUACAAAGACAAAGGAGGCAAGAUCUCAUUUGCAGACUUCUUGGAGAUCAUGCAUGCCCAUAGUGAGAAGGAAAGCAUACCUGAUGAGAUUGUCAAAGCCUUCAGAGCCAGUGACAGAUCUGGAUCCGGUCAGAUCUCGGGGAGAGAGCUACGUCGCAUACUCCUCAACUGGGGAGAGAAGUUGUCACCACGUGAAGUGGACGCAAUAUUUCGGGAGGCUCGUAUUUCACCAAACGGCCUCGUCCAGUACAAUGACUUGGUGCGGGUUGUUUGUGCACCAGUGCCCGACUACUAUUGAUCCAGUGCUAGGCCAUCGAUCAAUUUUUGCACUACACGUCAAUCAGUGCAUACCUAUAUUAUCUGCAUAAGUUAUUUUUGUAUGGAAUGGUGACGGCAAUAAAUAUUUUUUUAGUA